AUGUUCUUAUCAACAUCCCUCGGGGAGAACGCGCUGAAAACGUUUUGCUUCGCGUACAGGCCACCGCGCGCCGAUUGGGUGGGCAAUGUGAGGAGAUAUACUCGGGAACUAAACGUCACGGGUGCGUGGGCAGAGCUGAAGAAGGCCCGGGGAUAUCAGUACAACGUGGCACACGACGAGGUCGAGACGCCAGCGUGGAUUGCCUUCGGUAAGGUCGAGCUUAAGGUCACCCGCGGGCACACGAACUCUGGCAUGCUGUACUUGAACGUGUACGUCAGGCAUUUGGGUCGAGCGGGCUUUGCUAUCGGAGGCCUUCUGGGAGAAGACGACCACAGCGACGUGAGCGAGCCCGCCGCUGCGUGCACGAAGCAUCUGAGUCUGGAGAAGUCCGCACGCCAGCACAUGAGUGCCUCCUUCUCGGCUUCGACCGCAGAGGGCUCAUUCGCCUGAGUUUCGCCGUGGCACUUUUGUAUAGCAGGACACUUUUGCAAUUCAAAAUAACUAUUGUACAGGAGCAUCAGAGCGAUUUUUCCGGACGUCUCUCCGGGAGCAUCGAUGCCGAGAAUCUUGUUCGCGAACAUCCAAGCGAAUGUUCUGAAUAAUACCGCAGGGGCCAGAGGAGGAGGCGGUCUGACGGUGCCUCCCAAGUUCUGGCACGGGAGGUCAC